CGCUUCACUACAGCGGACCGCACAGUGGAGCGCGGUUCAAAGCGCAUGCAUGUGUGAGUCUUCUACGUGUGUCGAUCUGACUGUAUGUGUGCGUGUGUGUGUGUGUGUGCGUGCGUGUGUGUGUGUGUGUGUGCUCACAUUAACGCCAAGGAUCUCCAGCAAAACAAUCUGAAGGAUCUAGUUGGAUAAAGUGGGAUCGGAGUUGCAUCAAGACCUUAGAGCUGAUGCUUCCCGCCAUCACCGUGGAAACGGAGGCCAGUCAUAUGCUGGAGGCUGCACUGGAGCAGAUGGAUGACAUCAUUGCAGGUUCCAAAGCAGCGGUGGUGGGGUUUUCUAACAGCGCGUAUGAGCUGCCCUCCCCCCUCGGCGCGGCUCCCCUGCAGGUCGUGCAGUUGGCUGAGGACCUGAAAGCCGCCCUGGAGCUCCAACCCGACCAGGACGAGAGAGACGGCCUCAGGGCUCUGCUACCUCUGGGCACGGCACGGAUCCUCAUAGACUGGCUGCACAGUGGAACUGUGGACCUGUGUUCUCCAGCCAACAAUGAAAGCUACCAGGAACGACUGCUCCGCCUAGAAGGGGACAAGGAGUCCCUGGUGCUACAGGUGAGCGUUCUGACUGACCAGGUUGAGGCCCAGGGAGAGAAGAUCAGAGACCUGGAGAGCUGUCUGGAGGAGCACCGGAAGAAACUGGCUUCCACGGAGGAGAUGCUGCAACAGGAGCUGAUUAGCAGGACGUCUCUGGAGUCUCAGAAGCUGGACCUGAUGGACGAGGUGUCGCACCUCAAACUGGAGCUGGUCGGAAGGGAGAAGACACACACCACCACCCCGCUGCAAGACCCCGCCGACACCAGUCAGAACAAAGCCGAGUGUGUGGUAAAUUUCAUCAGUGAGCUCCAGGAGCAGAUGUGCAGGUUUCAGGAGGAGAUCAGCACUCGUAUCCAGGAGAAACGGGCCCUGGAGGAGAGGGAGACCCAGCAGGGGGGUGCCGCAGGUGGCCUGACCCAGUGCGUCAGCCCUCCGGCUGGGUUAGCCGGCUCGGACUGGAGGAAGCACAACGGAGGAGAGACUGUACACGAUUUGCUACAAGAAGUGAAGCAGCUGAGGAGCAGAUUGGAGGAACUGGAGGGGGAGAAGGGCCAAUACGAGAGGAAACUCAGAGCCACUAAGCUGUCCAGCUCUCACUCUCUCCAUGUGUGUUACCAGUCGCUCAUGACCCAGCUGUCCAGCCUCAAGCUGACGGUGGAGCACACGCAGUUGGAGAAGCAGCACUGGGAGGAGCGCUGGCGCGGCGCACAGGCACAGAUUUCAGAGCUGCAGCAGCUCGUGGCAACCAAAGAUGCUGAGAUCGAAUGUCUGCAGACCCAGCUGCUGGCCCGAGGCGGCUCAGCCAAUGACAACACAGAGAGAGAAGAGGUGUAUAUCAAGCAGCUGAUUAACAAAUACCAGGAAUACCAGAGGCUGAAGGUGGGGAUGGAAUCUUUGUUAUCUUCAAACGAAGAAAAGGACCGACGUAUAGAGGAGCUGACCGUCCUGCUUGGCCAGUACAGGAGGAUGAGGGACGCCAUGCCUCUCACACAGGGGAGCAGCGAAGAGGAGCUGGGCGGCAGUCUGAGGCUCGGAGCCGUCGCGCUGAAAGCACAAUCCUAUUCUGUCAGGUCAGAGAUGUCAUCUAGAGGCUCUUCUCCACUGAUGCUUUCUUCCUCUCUCUACCCGAGAGAAUUGGACUUCAGCGUCCAGAACUCCAUGGACACUCCGCAGGUGUCCACUGGGGACGCAAGCUUCUUUAAUGGCUCGUGGCAUCGGUGCAGGUUGCUGUCCAGCAGCCUGGAGGAGCUGCAGAGUGGAUCCUUCCAAAAGGCUGUACAGAUCCAGCCCCUUGAAACUGAAUCAGACACAAGGGCAGAGAAUGCUGAGAUGGAGGUGAGCAAGUACCAAACUUUACCGGGGAAACUGAAAGGUAAAAACAGCGAGCUGAGAGCCGAGCUGAAAGGAGACCGAGGGCGAGAUGGACACUAUUUAUCUUCUGACCAGGACCAGGACCAGGACUACAGUCUCAUCCGGUGCAGGAGUGCCAGUGCCCCGGCUUUAGGGCAUCCAGAAAAACUGGAGGAGAGUCUUCCGUCGGACCAGUCACCCCUGUCUUCUGGAGUGGACUCUGGGCAGCAGUCUCCGGUCUCACCAGAGGACAGGAAGAGUCACAGAGGCAUUAAGAAGUUGUGGGGAAAGAUCCGUCGCAGCCAGUCAGGCAGUCCGGCCCAAGUCCACGACCCCGAGCUGGCAGAGUUAAGGAGGGGGGGCUUCAGAGCCACAGCUGGACCGAGACUGGCCCGUCCAGGGAACACACGAGAGCUGAAGGGGCCUUUUUCUAAGUGGAGCACAGAUCAGGUGUGUGGUUGGCUGGAGCAGAUUGGACUGGGCCAGUAUGCCAUCCUUGCGUGCCACUGGGUCACUAGCGGUGAAACCCUGCUGUCGGCCACCCUGCAGGACCUGGAGAAGGAGCUGGCGAUGAAGAACCCACUCCACAGGAAGAAGCUCCAGUUAGCCAUCAAGGCGCUCAGCAGCGGGCGUCCAGAGAAGUCUGCAGAGCUCGACUACAUCUGGGCCACUCGUUGGCUCGAUGACAUCGGACUCCCUCAAUACAAGGACCAAUUUAACGAAGGAAGGGUUGAUGGGCAGAUGCUGCGGUACCUCACUGUGAACGACCUGCUAUUCCUCAAAGUGACCAGCCAGCUGCAUCACCUCAGCAUCAAGUGUGCCAUUCAUGUUCUCCAUGUCAACAAGUUCAACUCCAACUGCCUCAAACGCAGGCCCAGCAACGAGAACCAAUUUACUCCCAGUGAGGUGGUGCAGUGGUCCAACCACCGGGUGAUGGAGUGGCUUAGAUCCGUGGAUCUGGCAGAGUACGCACCAAACCUGAGGGGCAGCGGCGUGCACGGAGGGCUGCUGAUGCUGGAGCCUCGCUUCAACUCCGACACGCUGGCCAUGCUGCUCAACAUCCCCCCCCAGAAAACCCUGCUGAGACGCCACCUCACCACCAACUUCAACAACCUGGUGGGAGAACAGGCUCACCGGGAGAAGAGGGAGUACACUGAGGAAGCGGGUUACACCCCACUCAGCAUCACAGCUAAAGUCAAGCCCAAAAAGUUGGGCCUCUCUAACCUGACUCAGCUCCGGAGGAGGCGGGCGGAUGAAUCCACGGACUACGUCUGUCCAAUCGAGUCGUCCUCGCCUCAGUCUGCAGUGAACGGGGGGCGGCCCUACUCCGGCUUCAGAUGCCUGAGCCCGAUCUUGGAUAGAGAGCCCGAACGCUCCAGGGACCAGAAGGCGAUCACAAAGGGUACCAUGUUGCAAAUAGAAGCUCUCUCUGAAAGCAUCAACAACCUCACAGUAAGCACACACACACACACAAACGCACCAGCUGCUGGUAAUGACUCAUGCAGCUCACUCACACACAAGAUGCUCCUCAUGCUUGUAACAGACUUCCAGUGACUCAGAUGGAGAACUGUGGAGGGAGAAACCAUUAAAACCAGUGACUUACUGUGACUGCCCGAGUAAAAGCUGCUAUUUUCAAUGUACAGUCAAACAACAAAUUAGUAAUGUUUACCUUGUUAUUAUUAACAUUGUUACUACAAAAUUAACAACAGACGUUGAACAUUUUAAAUAAUAAUUGGUUUGUUUUAUGACAAAAAAGCUGCUUCUUGUCGCUGAGCUGGCCUGUAACUGGUUGUGCUGUGAGCGGUCAUGUUGACAUGUUAUGUGUAGAAUUUCAGAAAGAGCUGGUAACAUUUUCUACAACUAAUAAUACCUAUGUUGACACUGAUAGUCUUUCUUAUGGUUCUACAUUCCAAAUCAAGACCAUACUUAAAUCCACGUUGACUUGAAAUAAAAAACUUGCUUGGUGUGUUUUUUUUGUUUGUGUUUUAUAAAGCAAGGUGGAGGUCUUAUCCGUUAAUCCCCAGAUCAACUAAAACGAAUUGUGUAAACUGAUCUCAGCUCAGUGCUGAACAACAACUCGUAAGCUAUCUAACCCAUUACCACUCCCAUGAUGCUUUGCUUCCAGUACCUGCUCAGCCGAGACGAGCUGCAGAAGGAGCUGAGGCGGUCUCAGGUGGAUAGUUUGAAGGAUAAUGACCUGAUUCUGUUGGCUCACUAAUGCUGUCAACCCCUGAUCCUCGAGACCUGGCCUAACACUGUGGGGUUGUUACAUCCAGCUGCUCUCACCUCAGAGUCCCUCUGAAGUCACUCUGUGCCGGACUCAGGAGCACCAGUGGAAACAGUCAUCAUGUGCCACUAACAGAAAUCUUUGUUUUCCUUUGUACAAUAACUAUACUGUUACUCAUCAGCCCUUUGGGGUAUUUAUUUUACUGUUUCCUUUGUUUAUCUAUGCAAUGUGCCCUCAAAAGAUAUCGCUGUUUACUGUGUAUACUCUGCUGCUACGUGAAUGGGAAGAAUGGGGCAUCAUGACAAACAUGUGAUAUGCAGAAAGGCUAUGAUAUAUUUGAUGAAAAAAUAAAUGAUCAAAGGUCACAGAGGGAGGUUCAGCCACAUACAUUGACAUUUGUGUUGAGUUCCUCAGGAGGAUCACAUUGAAAUGUAAAGAUACCACCUUUGUGUGUUCACAAAACGCUAUAGAGAAAGAAGAUAAUUCCUCUGGAAUAUGGUUGAUGAUGACCUGAAUUCUCUUCAGCACUGUGUCCAGGGAAAGUGCAUAGGUCAGUUUGAGUUACAGAAUAUUGGAGAUAUUUUUCAGCAUUAAAAAAGUAGAAAUGUAUAACUUCUAAUUAAACACCCAUAGUAGUAGUGGCAGUUGUUGGGAACGGUGUAGGGGCUUGAUAGCUAGCGUGAAUUUACAUCAUUGACAUCAAAAGAAUUAUUAAUAGUCACUAAGAGAAUUUACAAAAUACAAAAAUGUGUAUCUGUGUGAGAAAAGGUAAAAUGUGAGUGAAGGGGCUAGCUGGAAACUAACAACCACAUGGCAGGCUAGCAGAGGUGUGGCUAGGAGCCUGUGUUUUUUCACCAUGUGUGUUCCUUGCAUGGUUAAACCUCUGUCUGUAGGUAAAUCUAUAUGUGUGGAGGCACAUGUGUGGUAUCUGGUCAUGUGUCCGCUGUGCCUCCUGCACGUUGCCCGCCGGCGGCAUGUAAACACCGAGCAGCAUGAAUGAAGCGAACUCACGAGGGGAGUAAAAGGGUAUGCAGGUAUGGGUCUCUCCUCUCCAGCAGAUGAAGUUGGUUGCUCAGUGAGCGCACGUUGGAGAGAAAGAUGCCUGACAGCGGUGUGUGAGAACCAACGAGCCAAGAGACCGAUCCAUUGACAGGGUUCAUAAAAGGAGAACAUACAUUUUACAAUUACAUUACAUUUUCUGCUAUAUAUUUGGGGGGGGACAGAUUGGUAUUUUCUCAAUAUAAAGAAUGCGUGGUUACGUCCUUGCUCAAUGAUAAGGUUUGGUCUGAGACGUGUUGGGCUGGAGAGGACUCCUGACAGCAGGAAAGCCUGAAUUGUUUGACAGAGUCAAACUGUAAAGAUUGUUUGUUGGAGCUACUACAGUCUUUACCUUUCACCGACCAGAGUCGGCUCGCAGAGAAAAGGGUCCUGGAGACGGGUCCUAUAAUCGACGUGAGUCGAUUUGGAAAAGAACGUUUUUAGAGAGGGAGUUUCUCACACAUAGGUGCGAGGACCAGUUCCUUGGGAAGGUGUUAUGUCCUGUAGCAGCAAUGCAUUCUAUUGGUGCGUUUUCACCGAGCGGUACGGUACGGGUCGAGUCGGUACGGGUCGUGUCUGUUAACCAUGAUUUGGCGAGCGUUUCCACCGCCAACAGUACCCUUACUUGAUAGGCAUGGUGUAUUCCAGAAAGUAGUGGUAACGUCACUUGAUAGGUGUGGUAUUGGACGGAAAGUAGAUUGACGUAAUUCGAUCGCGCGAAAACUGAAAGCUAACCGCAAACAACAAUGGAGGACAUACAGCCGAUCCUGUUCUUGCUUCUCAAUAUGUGGCUGUUAAAGUAAAUGCUGCGCAGCGACAUUGUUACGACAGUGUUGUAGUUUAAAAAUGGCGCCUCGUGUGUUGUCUUUCCCCUUGCGGCACGCGCAAAUGACGACACUCUUUCAACCAAUCAACGUUCUACAGUGAGUCUAGCUCCACCCUUUAGUACCAAACAACUGUGCCAGGUACCCCAACCGAAGUGUACCCAAAAAGUGGUACGGUACGGUGCCGAUUUUUGGUACUUUUCUCAACUUUUGGCAGUGGAGACACAAAUAAAAGGGUACCGACCCGACCCGUACCGUACCGCUCGGUGGAAAGGCGCCAUAAUAGUCCGCCUGGGGUUGUAUGCUAUGCUGGGAACACAACACUGGUAAUCAGAUACCAUUGAGCUGAGUUGGGGACGGUGCCACCAUUACAUAAUCCGUUCACUGAAAACACCUACAAGUUCUUAUCUUUCUUGCAAGGCUAAAUGAAUAAAAAGGCACUAUCGCCAUUUGUAUCUUAAAAGUGAUAGAAUGACAUCUUCUAUCCUGAAACCCUCACAUCGGCACAGGAAAAACUCACCCAUAAUGGAAAAGGGGAAGCAGAGUCUGUGAGAGAUGCACAUAUUGACUCGAAUAGCUGGGUCAAGUAUCAGUCAUAAUUGGACGAUCAGGUGUCAGAUACUAUUAUUAAGUUCAGCACAUUUACAUCUUUGUAUUUGUUACAUUUCAUUUUACAGUGUUAACAAAACACCGUGUUAACAAAUUUGGGUCAAGCCUAAUGUUCCCUUACACAUCAGGGUGAUACCAGUCACUUCCACAUCGUGAGACACACAGCUUAUUAAUAAACAAUAGUAUCUGUAAACAGUAUAACUCUGGGUACUGAAAAAGGUCUGUAAGUCCCUACUGUGAUGUGGAAGGGGUAAUUUGUCGCGAUGAGGACACAGAGAAUUCUCACUCAUCGGCAGCUGUUUCCACUGACAAAGGUCCGAUGAACUGAACACUCACACAACAUCAGCGAGACACUGAGGGAAACUUACUGGUGAACACAGUGGAGUACGUAGCAGCUAAAGAGAUACACGUUUUCUAUGGAGAUGGGGUUAAAAGGAUGAUAUAUCAGUUAUAAAAACUGCAAUAGUGUUGAUUAUAGUCAGCAGAGCUUUUAAGACUCCGGGCACUUAGUGAUGCACAAAGCCCCCUGUUUCAGUAUGUUAUCUUUCAGCUUCAUAUUUACAGGCUGGAGAAGAAGCUUUUUGAGUUGCCUUGAUGCAUGACUUGUACAUCUGUCAAUUCUGUCUUCUACUUGCAAGUAUCAUUUAAUAAAUGUAUUGUUUAAUGAUUUUA